AUGCACCAACAACUCUACCCCACCACCGAAACCAUCCAAUUCUGCAUCGACGCCAAACACUACUUCGUCUCCGCCGCCAUUCCCAGCUCCCCGACCCACGACGGCCUCAUCCGCGCCAUCGCCGACGCCGGAAACGACAUCCUAAUCGCCGAUUACUGCGAGGUCGCGGACCCCGGGUCUAUUCUCCUCCUGGGCAACAACAUGAUGGCCUCGAUGCUUCACUUCCGGGUGUUGGGGUAUUAUCGUGACCAUGUCAGACUCCGUCUCCCGGAUGGGAUCUACGGGAGUCGCAUGACCGAUCUCACUGCCCAUCGAUACAUCGACCUGGGGUUAUUCUUUGCGGUUGCGGCUGCGCAGGUCUGGACGGGGGAGCAGAUCAAUGAGGCGGAGUAUACGGUGUUGAGUAUUGCCUGUACGCUGAUUCAUGAUCUGGUGGAUUUGCGGAGUGAUGGUUCACGGAAACAGCGAGAGAAUGUGGUCUUACGCGGGGGGAGGGGCAACCUAUGUAAGUAUCUAGAUCGAAUGGUAUGUGACUGUCUAAAGACUGUGAGCGUGACAGUGCAGAUGAAUACCACAUGCGCGGUGGUCGUGAUGGCGUUUUGUAACUGGGCGGUGAUGAGCUCGCAUCACAAGGUGUGUGAGGUGAGUGGGCAGAUUCGGGAGGUGACGCGGUAUGGGAAAUGUAAAUAUGGAUCUGGGGAUGAUAGACGAGGAUAUGAGGAAUUGGUAGCGGCGUUGGAGGAGUUUGGGACGCUCGGGGAGGAGGGGCCCUCGGUUGGGAUGACGAGGGCGGAGUUGGAUGUGGUGCAUUUCGAGUGGACGGGGAGCACGGACAUCUUCCCACUGCAAUGCCCAAAACGAGACAUCGUGGGCCUGUCCGUUUUCCUUUUUCAAGGGUAA